AUAAUCACAUUCAAGACAAAUAUGAUAACAAUCCGCUCGAGCUCCGGGAUCAGUCAAUUUUGCCGCAAAUUAAUGCACUGAAAAGAUAAAUUUCAAGUACGAAGACAGUGCAAAUAUCAAUUUUAUCGAGAGGAAUGGUCACAUUGCAGAGCACAAACCAGGCAAAGAAGUGUCAACCCCCCCCCCCUCCAACACCCAUCCUUGAGAAUGCAAAUACAAACCUGUUUAAAGACUACAUGAAAGGUUUCUGAAGAUGAACUGGCGUGACAUGACUUUGGAUCCGAGGAAGGAGAAGAAAGGCAUCCCUCUGUAUUCAUAUAAUGAAAUACCUCACUUUAUGCAAGGGAAUCCUUACAUCACUCAUGGCUAUAGAGCUUUCUUGUCGAGUGGACAGUGCUUUAGAAGUUUCUGUACCUGGUCCAAUGAGACGAUCAACGUAUGGACUCACUUACUGGGUUUCUUAAUCUUCCUUGGUCUAACCAUAUAUGAUAACGUCAUCAUGAUCCCGUUCUACCAGGGCUCUCUAUUUGAUCAUGUGAUCUAUACAGGCUUCCUAUCUUGCUAUCAGUUUUGUAUGUUUGCCUCUGCUGCUUUUCACCUGUUUUCUGGUGGCAAUGAAACGAUAUACAAACGAUGGUUUGGUAUUGACUUGGCUGGUAUUUCAGUAGGAAUCAUGGGAUGUUAUCUACCUGGGAUAUAUUAUGCUUAUUAUUGCUUUACGUUUUGGAGGAAUGUAUACCUCAUUCUUGCAUCCUCUCUCAUCUUAGUGACCAUCUUGGUUCAGCUACAUCCGAGAUACCUCUCAGCUCAUUGGUACAGUCGUCGGAUUAUGCUCUUCUGUGCCAUGGUUGGUUUUGGCGUGGCUCCCACAAUGCAUUGGGUGUUUCUCUAUGGGGGAGUUAAUACCCCUAUAGUGAAGCUGAUAUUACCCAGGGUCAUUGUACUAUAUCUGAUGGGAUUUACGGCUCUCAUAUUCUAUGCAACUAGGUUUCCAGAAGUAUGCUGUCCAGGUAGAGUGGAUUACAUUGGUAGCAGCCACCAGCUUUGGCAUGUUCUCGUUGUCAUAGCCUUUUUAUGGUGGCACCAAACAGGCGUUAUCAUGAUGGAGUUUGUUCACAAUUCAGACCCUUGCAAACAUGUAGUGCAGGAAUCGCUCAUCAACCCUUAUUUAGAAAUGUGAUGUCUACCACAGUUAGUUUAAGGUUAGAUUAUGCUGAUGUAACAUCUGGUUAUCAACUGAUCAAGGAAGAAUAUACUCUUUGAAUAAAUAUGGCGUGAAUGCUGACUAAGGCAAACUAUUUUACCACAAACUCCUGCCACUUUUCCAUUCCUGGAAGGCCAAUAGACUCAGCAGUGUUUUGGUGUAUUUUGAUGGAGUGAGCUCUGCGACUGGGAACGCCUUACCUCACAUUUCUUCUGUGCGGAUGCGUAGUUCAGAGAGUGGUGGAGUCCUAUACUCUGGACCUACCACUUUAACAUAGGUAGGUUUCAGUCAGGUUGUGGGCCAUGCCCAACACUGCCACAUGCCUAGCACCAAGCUCCCAGUGUGGAGCUAGCUAACUAGUACAUCAUCAUGUAGGUAGAUGGCUUUCUUGAUGAAGUCAGUAUUUCUUAGUAAUAUAAAUGAUUAAAUGUCAGAGAUUAAUCAUGCUGUAAAAACUUUCCGAGCAUAAGGUCUGCGUAUGAAGUGUAUGCGUUUUCAUUUGUCUUCGUGCAGUUUAUAGUGCAUGUACCCCGAUAAGGACACAAGCCAUAAUGAAUAUUAAACUCCAACUCAAAUUUUUCUUUAGAAACAUGAUGUUCAUGUUGUGUCUAGUUUAAUUUAUGUUAGCAAUAAUAUUUCUCAUUUUUUAUCAAAUCAAAUUAGAUUGCUAUGGAAACAUGUUGUUCUUGUUUAGCUGAUAUAAUUCAUGUUAGAAACAAAGCUGUUGACUUUGAAAGCAUGAUAUCUAGUAUAUGACAAGUAAGCAGUAAUACUUAUUACUCAAUGGACGUACUCAUAGUCUAAUAAUUUAAUUGAUUAAAAGCAUUCUUCUUCAACUCAACUAUUGUCUUAGGGAAACACAACAUCCAUGUUGUUUACCUCAAUUCUUGUAAGUCUACCACCCAAUUCAUUAGAAAUAUGAUUCAACUCAAAUAUUUUCUUCCAAACAUGAUGUUCAUGUUUCUCUAGCUUAGUCAGUAUUUAGCUUUAUAAUACUUGUCAUUGUCAAAUACCUGAUUCAUUAGAAAUAACAAUAUUUAACUCCAAUAUUGUCUUAGAAACAUGUUUCUGUUCGUCUAGCUUAGUUCUUGUUAGCAAUAAUGCUAGUCAUUUUCAAACUAAAUUAUAUUGCUAUAGAAAUAUGAUAUUCAUGUUCAGUUUGUGGGGUUGUGGUAGAUGUAGAAAUUAUACAAGUAACUCUAAGUCAGAUCUUCGUGCAGACUCAAAUUGAGAACAAUAGAGUGACCAAGCUAGAGCAAUAGGAUCUCUGGACUGUUUCUUUUGUUCGGGCUUGCAAGUGUAAAUUUGAUUGUAAAUUAUUUUCAAAGAAAGCUGACUAGUUCUGUAGGAAAAGUUUGAUUUAGAUUUACAUUAGGUCAAUAACACAUUUAUUGGUCUGAACAUUUGCUACCUCUUAGAAUUUGUUUGAUGAUUUUAUUCGUUAAUUCAGAUAUAUGUAUGAAAUGUUACCUCAAAUGCCAGUUCUAAUAAUAUUACCUAUGCUAGUAUUUAGACAUUGAACGUAAUCUCCAUAGUUAAGAAAAAGAUUAUGCAAUAAAGUAUAUAACUUGAUAUAUUUAAUUAUACCCAUUCCAUUGCGAAGUAAGCAUACUUGUUAAUUCUUCAUCCAAUCUCUGUUACAUGUAAGAAAUGAACAGGUUAAUUGAAUGUUAAGAAACAUGUCAUUGUCGUCUGUGGCCAUAAUUUUAUUUAUUUUUAGUUUGUCCAUUCCCCAAUCAUCCAACCAUACUCUUGCUGUCAAUCUGCUGUUAAUUCUGGUACAAUUACGAUUUGGUCUAUUUAUCACUUGGUCUAAUGUGAAAGAUAACGGCUACCUUUUUUAAGUAUGGAAAACUAGUUUUGUUGUGGGAGAAAAAUUAUUUUUAAAAUGAUUAUGGAGUAUGUGAUAAGAUCAUUUCUCUUACUGUUCUAUGCUAUGUGAUAGAUGUAAUAUAAGUUAGUAUGUUUUGUUUUGUAUUUAGUUAGAUAUUUAUUGAGAGUCCAUUUUUUAUUUAAAAUUUGGUGUUGUGAUUGAUUCUUUUUGCUAGAUGCAGCAUGCAAGAUUUCUUUUGCAAGGGUGCAAAACAUGUCAAGUGUUCAAGAAUAUGUACUAGCAAUGGAGUGAAGUGAACAAGCUGAUUAUAAGGGUAUUUUUCUAUACUU